UGUUUAAGUCGACUUGUUUAGCUGAAGGCUUACGGUCAAGCAUCCCCGCCAUUUGGUGCUCCGUCGUGUCACGUGCGUGCACGAUUACUAGCUAGCUAAGCAUUCAUUCCUACCCGCGAUUUGGUCCCAAAAUAUAUAUCGUAUUUGGACGACAAAAUCUGGUCUUUUGCUUUACCAUUUGGUACUCGAAGAACGAACACUAUAGUGGUUGUUGGUAUAAGAUCUUGCGUUAGUAUAAUCCGUACAACUCGCGAACGUUCGAUACCAGCCCCCUAAACUGGUGAGCCCAACCUCGAACUUCAUCUUCAAUUCACACGCAGAUAAACCCGGUGAGUUCGUUCCUUUUUGUGUUUAUUCUUGUACUAUAUUGUUAUCGGCAUACUUUUCGUCAUGAGUGAUCCUAGCCCCAAGGUUAUUCAGAUUCGCUCAGCCGCCAAAACAAUCCAGCUAGUACCAUAUUGGCCCGAUAAUGCUGAAACGUGGUUUCAGAUUGCUGAGUCUGAUUUUUGUGAACAUGGCAUAACUGAUCAACGUUCACAGUUCCUUGCAGUUAUUCACGCCCUACCGCGGGAAUUCAGCAGGUGCGUAACUCUGCAGAUGUCGGUAAGUAACUCGUACGAGUUGCUAAAAGCAUCCAUCCUCAAGAGAAACGUUCUCACAGAUCGACAACGUCUGGAUGAGUUAUUUCGUAACAUCGAGUUAGGAGAUCAGUCAGCCGUGAGCAUGCUGGCAAGAAUGAAAGAGAUCAUUGGCCAAAGUGCAACGGGCACUGGACAGGAAACAAACGAAGCACGGGAUCCAACGAACAACACUGAGGAAGCUAUGUACAGACACCCUAUUAGCAUAGGCAGACAGACCAGCAGGCUCUCCAUCAAGCCGCUUGGAAGAUUUUUUUCACCCAUCAGGGAACCAUCGAGAUUUUUUUACUUCCGGCUGGUCAUGUCUUAGGGUCCUCACAAACCCACUAGGGGGGGAGUGAGCUGUAGCGGUAAAUAAUUCCCCAAAAUUAUUAACCACAGCAAUCAUCACUCAACAUUGGAUGCUGACCAUCACUGUUUAAGUCGACUUGUUUAGCUGAAGGCUUACGGUCAAGCAUCCCCGCCAUUUGGUGCUCCGUCGUGUCACGUGCGUGCACGAUUACUAGCUAGCUAAGCAUUCAUUCCUACCCGCGAUUUGGUCCCAAAAUAUAUAUCGUAUUUGGACGACAAAAUCUGGUCUUUUGCUUUACCAUUUGGUACUCGAAGAACGAACACUAUAGUGGUUGUUGGUAUAAGAUCUUGCGUUAGUAUAAUCCGUACAACUCGCGAACGUCGAUACC